CGAAGCUAGUAGUAGUGGAAUUUGGACCCUCCCUUAGCAGGUCCUCUUGGUUAUCUAUGAACGGCGGGAGCUUAUUCCUGGACUAUCUCUCGUGUUCAAUCUAGCUGGUCAUACUUAGUGGAGAUGUUAUCUUCUUGUCUUGCCUUCAAAUAUCCACUCAUUCCCCCUUGACCGGAUCGUCUCAAUCCCGGGACACUCUGUGUUCACAUCACCACUACCUUACUGGAAUAAAUCACUGAAUUGAUUUGAUAUCUACAAUCUGACCCUUUGACUUGAUAUACAUCGGUAUUGAUCUCAAAACUUCCCCGCACCAUCUUUCAGACGCCACCUCGGCCAUGCACGAGGCCACCGUUGAUGCCAGCGCCGACGCGGCGCUGGCCAGGAUGGGCUACAAGAGCGAAUUGCCUCGUAAUCUGAGCAUGAUGAGUAUUCUCGGACUUUCCUUUGCCAUCAUGGCCGCUCCCUUCGGUCUCAGUACCACCAUGUACAUCACACUGACAGACGGUCAAUCCGUCACCAUUAUUUGGGGAUGGGUUCUCGUCACCUUGAUCUCAAUCGCGAUCGCCGCGUCGCUGGCCGAAAUAUGCGCUGUCUACCCGACCGCCGGCGGCGUGUACUACUGGAGCGCCAUGCUGUCGACCAAGGAAUGGGCCCCGAUGAUGUCCUUCAUUGACGGAUGGUUGACGCUCGUGGGAAACUGGACCGUUACCCUCAGCAUCACCUUCUCGACCGGACAGCUGAUUCUCAGCGCGAUUUCGCUGUGGAAUGAGGACUUUGUUGCCAAUGCGUGGCAGACCAUCCUGAUGUUCUGGGCGGUGGUGCUCGUCUGUGCGCUCGUCAACAUCUUCUUCUCCAAGUACUUGGAUUUGAUCAACAAAGUGUGUAUCUUUUGGACGGCGGCUAGUGUGCUCAUCAUCUUGAUCGUCCUUUUAACGAUGGCGGAUAAUCGGAGGGAUGCGGCGUUUGUUUUUGGGCAUUACGAUGCGUCGGAUAGUGGCUGGCCUUCUGGAUGGGCUUUCUUCGUCGGUUUGCUGCAGGCAGCUUACACCUUGACGGGGUACGGCAUGGUCGCUGCCAUGUGUGAAGAAGUGCAGAAUCCUCAUCGGGAGGUCCCCAAGGCCAUCGUCCUGUCGGUCAUCGCCGCUGGUUUCACCGGUCUCAUCUACCUUAUCCCCAUUCUCUUCGUUCUGCCAACCGUGAAGGACCUCCUCAGCGUGGCCAGCGGCCAACCAAUCGGCCUCAUCUUCAAGACAGCAACUGGCUCGGCAGGCGGUGGGUUCGGCUUGCUGUUCCUCAUCCUCGGUAUUGCCAUGUUCGCCGGUAUUGGCUCCCUGACGGCGGCCAGUCGGUGCACCUACGCAUUCGCCCGCGACGGGGCCAUCCCCGGAUUCCGCAUCUGGCGCAAAGUCAACAAGCGCCUGGACGUGCCCGUCUAUGCGAUCUUGCUCUCUGCAGCGGUCGACUGCCUUUUGGGCUUGAUCUACUUCGGCUCGACCGCGGCCUUCAACUCGUUCACCGGUGUCGCUACGAUCUGCCUGUCGACUUCGUACGGUCUUCCCAUCUUCAUUUCCAUGAUCCGCGGGCGCCAGGACCUCAAGGAGUCUACUUUCUCUCUCGGAGCCUUCGGGUACGCGAUCAACGCGGUCACAGUGUGCUGGAUUGUCCUGGCCGUGGUCCUCUUCUGCAUGCCCGUCUCUUUGCCGGUGACUGCCAGCUCGAUGAACUACGCCAGCGUCGUAUUCGCGGGAUUUGCGGCGAUCAGCAUUAUUUGGUAUGUAGUCUAUGCGCGCAAGCAUUUCACCGGACCGCCUGCGUCGGCCGAAGAAGUAAGGGCGCAGCCUGUGAUGACCGGGAAGGCGGUUGUAGAUGCCGAGAAUGCAUAUUCGGAUGAAUCGAUGUCCACGAAGAAGGUGGAGCAAUGAUCUUGUACUAGUUUCUUUUUGUUAUGACCUCUUUUUUUUUGCCUGGUGGAGAUGAAAGUAUCUAUCGAGCACCCAUAUGUUUCUAUAUGUAUCACCACAAUAAAGUUGCAAGUCACAUAAAGUGAAUUGACGAG